AUGGCCCAAGAUACACCAAUGGCCGAUGCCGAGGCGGUCAGGGAGAACACGCUCAUGUACGGCCAUGAUAAUGAGCUCGACGACAAGUACCCAACACGGCCGAUGAACCUCCACAAAACACUUCCCUUCCAUACUCUAUUCACGGAACUAUUCAAUCCGCUUAUGGAAACACAAAAAAGGAAGCAGCCUGUGGGAGCUCGGCGAAGAGUCGGACCACAUGGACACUCUAACAUGUCACCUCAUGAAGCGAAACGUAACAUCAUCGAAAGAUUCAUUGCGAGUUGGCGCAAGCAAGUGGGCAAUGACUUCUUUCCCGCAAUGCGUCUCAUAAUCCCGGAAAAGGACAGAGAUCGAGCCAUGUACGGUCUUAAAGAGAAGACAAUUGCCAAGGUCUUGAUCAAACUUACGAGGAUCGACCCCAACUCUGACGGUGCCAAACAUAUGCUGAACUGGAAGCUACCUGGUCAGCUGAACAAGGCUUCGGCAUCAACCGCCGGCGACUUCGCUGGACGAUGCUACGAGAUCUUGUCAACCCGGCAACUCAAGACCGAAUACAGCGACAUGAGUAUCGCAGAGGUCAACAACGCUCUGGAUAAGCUAUCACACAUUGGUGCCGAAGAAGAGCAAGUCAAGAUCUUCCAACGGUUCUAUCGAAGGAUGAACGCUGAGGAAAUGACCUGGCUCAUUCGCAUGGUCCUUCGCCAGAUGAAGAUUGGGGCUACUGAGAAGACCAUUCUAGACAUAUGGCAUCCAGAUGCAGAGACGUUAUUCAACAUCUCUUCAAACCUUCGAAGAGUGUGCUGGGAACUGUUUGACCCUGAGGUCCGUCUGGCAGGCGAAGACACUGGGCUGAGCUUGAUGCAAUGCUUCCAGCCACAACUGGCUCAGUUUCAGGAUAAGGUAGGUAACUUUGAGAAGCUGGUCACAAGAUUUCAAGGGAACACCGAUGACGAUACCUUUUGGAUUGAAGAGAAGCUUGAUGGAGAACGUAUGCAGCUUCACAUGGUUGAGGAUCCUGACGCGCCAGGCGGCAGAACUUUUGGGUUCUGGUCGCGAAAGGCCAAAGACUAUGCGUACCUUUACGGUAAACACUUCCAAGGCGAUGAAGCUGGUGCACUCACACGGUUCAUAACAGACGCCUUUGGCAAGAAUGUGCGGAACAUCAUCCUUGAUGGCGAGAUGAUCACCUGGGAUAUGGACCGCGAUCACAUUGUUGGGUUUGGAACUCUCAAGACCGCAGCUAUAUCUGAGAAAGAAAACAAAACGGACAAGAACACUGGUCAGCGACCGGUCUUCAGGGUUUUUGACUGCGUAUUCCUGAACGACAAGUUACUCACACAAUACACGCUACGCGAUCGCCGUCGCGCUCUGGAAAGUGCUGUCAAGGGCGUACAUCGUCGUCUGGAGAUCCAUCCGUACACCGAGGCGCGCUCGCAUACAGAGAUUGAACCAGCACUACGGAAGGUUGUUGCUGAUUCUUCGGAAGGUCUGGUGCUGAAGAACCCACGUUCUAUGUAUCGGCUGAAUCAACGCAACAACGAUUGGAUGAAAGUCAAGCCAGAAUACAUGUCCGAAUUCGGCGAGUCGCUCGACUGUAUAGUUGUCGGCGGGUACUUUGGCUCUGGACAUCGCGGUGGCGCCCACUCAUCCUUUCUUUGCGCACUGCUUACGAACAAAGAUGCAAAGAAAGGCGACCUGAAGUACGAACAUUGUUGGUCGUUCUUCAAAGUUGGAGGCGGAUUUGCUCAACAAGACUAUGCUGAUAUACGGGGCCGAACGGAAGGCAAGUGGCAUAAUUGGGAUCCUCGACGGCCACCUCCAUUUAUUGAGCUAGGCGGUCAUGAGCAGAAUCGUCAACACGAGCGACCAGAUCAAUGGAUCAGACCCAGGGAUUCUGUCGUUCUGGAAUGCAAGGCAGCAAGUGUGGAAGGCACCGACAAGUUUCGCUUCUCUUUAACGCUUCGCUUUCCUCGCUUCAAGGGGCUCAAAAAGGACAAACGCUGGGAUCAGGCACUGUCGGUACAGGAAUUUCUGGAAGUAAAGAGCAGAGCUGAAACUGAGAAGUCGGAAAAGGAGAAAGAAUUCAAGAUUGAGCAAUCACGCAGGAAGAAGGCGAGAAUAUCGAAGAAGCCACUCACUGUGGUAGGUAACGAUACCGUUGCUACACCAUAUGCGGGUCCAGCAUCGAAGGUAUUUGAGGGCCUGAGCUUUUUCAUAAUGACUGAGCAAAUCCACCCAACGAAGAAGUCGAAACCCGAUCUAGAAGCACUGGUCAAAGCCAACGGUGGCAAGAUUGUGCAGCGCGAUUCGAUGGACAAAGACCUCAUCAUCGUAGCGGACAAGAGACUGAUUAAAGUUGCAUCACUCGAGAAACGCGCCACGAACAACAUCAUCAAGCCUAUCUGGAUCCAGGAUUGCAUCAAACAGAAUGAGAUAGACUGUGCCCCUUUACCAUACCUGCUCCCAUUCGAGCCAAACCGACAUAUGUUCUACCUCCAUGAUGACGAUCAGCUCGACUUCGAGAACAAUGUUGAUGAGUAUGGAGAUUCGUUUGCGCGCGACAUAGCAGAUGUAGAUGUUAUGCGAAAGCUGUUGGCUGGUGUAGGAGCAGGGUCAGACAACAACUCAGCAUUCGAACGACAAGGCUUCCUAGACCAACUAGAAGACCACGGAGAGUCACUUGCGCAUCUCAGGACACACAUGUUUGGCACAGUAAAAGCUGCGUUUGACAGCAAUCCUAUUGAUGCUAGCGGGAUGCUCAAAGCCCAACUAUCGAAGAACUGUAUUCGAUUCGGCGGCGGUUCAGUGACUGAUCGGAUAGUUGAGGAAGGAGUCACACAUGUUGUUGUACCGAAUGAACACUUUUCGGCCCAGAGUGUAAAGGCUAAGGUCACUGGACUUGCCAGGAUUGUGGGUGUCGCGUGGGUAGAGAAGUGCUGGGAGGAAGGCACUAUGUUGGACGAGGAGAGGUUUCAGUGGGGGUGA